AUGGCAGAAUCGCUGGAGGACCUAAGCACUAUGCUCAAUGACCUCAAUAGUGUCUCCCAAUGGAUAGAUCUUAAGACGAACAUGGACAAAACAAAAAUCAUGUUUAACGUGCAUGUCUCACUUAUGCCGGUAGUUGUUAGGAGCACUAAGCUCAAAGUUGUUGACGAAUAUGUUUACCUCGGACAAAUAGUCCGACUAGUGACAGCAACAGGAAUAGAUUUAAGAGCCGACAAAACACUUAACGAAAAGACUGUGACCGUAACAGAUAGAGCUAUCAGAAGUGUGGUUUACAGAGUUCAAACUAUAUGGUAUUACAAAGAUUUUAUUUGGAAUAUGAGCAGUACAAAAAAGCAACUAGAUAAGGAUAUCGAGUUCUUACACAGUGUAUCUAACAUGGUUACAGUUCUGAGCGAGAUUAAAAUGGCUCUCCAGCAUCUUAAAAACGGUAAGGCCCUAGGCGAGGAUGGAAUUACAGCGAAGCUUCUGAAAGCGGGUGGAAGACCGGUACUUGAAGUCCUUCAGAAGCUCUUUAAUUCCGUCCUCCAUGGUGGCAUUACACCGGAGGCGUGGAGCAGAAGUGCGGUGAUCUUGUUCUUCAAGAAAGGUGACAACGCUCUGUUGAAGAACUACCGACCGAUUUCCCUUCUGAGCCGCGUCUACGUGCUGUUUUCGAGAGUCAUUACUAAUCGUCUCGCGCGCAGACUUGACGACUUCCAGCCUCCCGAACAAGCCGGUUUCCGAAAGGGCUUUAGCACCAUAGACCACAUACAUACCCUUCGGCAAGUUGUACAGAAGCCCGAAGAGUACAAUUUGCCACUAUGUCUGGCGUAUGUGGACUAUGAGAAAGCCUUUGAUUCCGUCGAAAUUUGGGCGGUGCUGCAGUCCCUUCAGCGGUGCCAAGUUGACUGUCCGUAUAGCGAAGUGUUGAAGUGCUUGUACAGUAGGGCUACGAUGGCUAUUCGAGUACAGAACCAGAGUACGAAACCUAUCCAAUUGCAGAGAGGUGUAAGACAGGGUGACGUCAUAUCCCCGAAACUCUUCACCGCUGCAUUGGAAGACGUUUUCAAGCUUCUGGACUGGAAAGGAUACGGUAUCAACAUCAAAGGCGAGUACAUCACUCACCUUCGAUUUGCCGACGAUAUAGUCCUUAUGGCAGAAUCGCUGGAGGGCCUAAGCACUAUGCUCAAUGACCUCAAUAGUGUUUCCCAACGGAUAGGUCUUAAGAUGAACAUGGACAAAACAAAGAUCAUGUUUAAUGUCCAUGUCACACCUAUGCCGGUAGUUGUUGGGAGCACUAAGCUCGACGUUGUUGACGAGUAUGUUUACCUAGAACAAAUAGUCCGACAAGGCAAAAACCUAAGGUCAUUUAGUGAUGUGUUUUACAGUCUGGAAAGUUCGGAUGGCGAAAGUGCUUUCUCAAAUAAGGACGUACAAGACCACCUUAAUACCUUGAUUGUGGCUGGUUAUGACACAGUUGCAACAAGUCUUGUAAUUACACUUCUCUUAAUCGGCUCGUAUAAGGAAGUUCAAGAUAAAAUCUACAAUGAGCUUGAAGAAGUUUUUGGCCAGUCCGACAGGGAUGUUGAGAAGCAAGACUUACCACGUCUUGCAUACAUGGAGGCAGUUAUAAAGGAAUCUUUGAGGUUAUACCCAAUUGCUCCUGUUAUAGCCCGACUUCUCGAUAAGGACUUAAAAAUAAGUAAAACUUACGCAACAAUGUGGUUGAAGACACUUAUUUCACAUUUUAUUCGUAAAUACCAAGUAACUGGCGAUCACAAAAAUUUAUUGCUAAAGUACGAUUUCCUGCUUAAACCUUAUUCGGGUUAUUAUAUUGCUAUUGAAAAAAGAAAAUGA